GUUAAGACCGCGCACUCCAUAUCAGCACUCAAUUGAUAGCAAGUGCAAGAACUCAUUGUCAUUUCCAUGUAGAGCAGGACUUUGCUUCGUUCUGCGCACCAGAGCCUUAUUUUCUCCGCGCUCACUCUAUUUCUUUGCCACCGCUAUGGUGUGGCCCUUCACGUCAACGGCACUCCUGCCUGCUGGGUUAAUCUUGCGUGGCGGAUGUAUUAGCAGUCCAGUUUUGCACGUGGUGCUCGCAGUGCAGCAGCGGCCAGCGGCCACUCCGUCUACCGCACCACCGGAGGGAGACACAGUCUCAUCAAGGACGGAACACGUUGCAGUCCCUCUGGAGCCGGGCGGGCAAAUCGGGGAAGAAGAAGAAUUUCCACACAAGGUACUAGAGGUGGAUGACGAGGCAGCGUCACCGUCUAGAAACACCAUCACGUCCUGGGGCGCAGCAGAGUUUUCCUAUUUCGGCGGAACGGCCGAUCGGUACAGCGAGAGCCGAAAUUAUGAGCUGAGUAACGCACAAGUGUACCGGAGAGAAAGAUCGAAAAAGUACUCAUCGCUUCGUCUACCCGCACUGAACAGGCCGGCGGAUCAUUCUGUGAGGCAGGAAAGAGCACAUCAAGGCGCUGGACGAACAAAUGGAAAGCAGCACCAUUAUCGUCCACGGGCCGCGCAAGAGGACGUGAAGAUGAGACCACACAGAGGUAGUACUAGGGCGGCAACAAGACCUUCUACUCAGCACGUCAGGACUGCGAGAAAACGGGAAAUUGGUGAAACUCGAACGGCGGGGGCUGCAUCCUCUUCGGCCGAUGCGCUUCUAGAACUUAACGCAGGCGCGACGGGCGGAUUCGAAAUAGAUGAAGCAGCUCUCGACCACGUCGAUGAACAACAAAUGGCCAACGACGUGGAAAUUAUCCUUGAAAGGGAACUUGCAAGAACCGGACCUGUCCCGAAACCCUACAGCAAGCGCCGGCUCGCCGCCGCCCUGGUACAGAAAUCGAUGGAGGAGGCGGACGCGAGGGCUUGGUUCGCGACCUGGCACUACACAGUAAAGUUCGACCGACCGAAUGUGGAUCACGGCGGCGGCUUAUGAUACUGAAAAGUGGUGCAUCUUACAAGUUGAGCCAUCAGAGCACUUCGUAGAAUUUGUGUUGCAAAGCUUCCCUCCGGACACGUUCGCCAUCACCUUGCAUGUGCCCGAUGAAAGUAAACAAUUCUUGAAUUUGCGUCGCAAAAAGGUCGAGCAAAAGGGGGGCUUGUUCUCAUGUCCGGUGAAGCGCUUUUCGUGGUCAGAGUCCGGGUGGAGAGUUGGAAGAGAGUUGGAAGCCUCGCAGUUCUUUCAUUGAAAGACCUGCGAGAGGAAGCUUUUUCUCUCAAUUUGAAUCAAAUUGAAAGAAAAGCUUGCUUUAUUCUAUAUGAUGAAACCACCAAAAAAAAGUUUGCAUGAGAAAUAUUCACCACUUCUGGUAAUGGUGCACUUGUUUUCAAUUUCAAACGGCGUGCGGCACGUCGCCAAGCUGUUGCGCGACGCGGAAUUCGUCCGUGAAUUGAAUGAGUUUCUGCAGCACGGUGGUACCCAGCUCCAGAAAAACACGCUGCAGUAUCCUGUCGUGUGAAAACGUACCCUCCUGAAAGUCGAGAUGUGAAGACUUCUGCUUAUUGCACAAGUGAAGAAGGUCUUUUGGCGGUUGUCUAUGCCGCAAUGUCGUUCUGGCAAGCUAGAACACCAGCCACGUCUUCUUGAACAAUCCACCUUGUAAACCUGGUUUGAGCAUGGGAAACGAAACUUGCAGAGAACCUGUGGUCAUUGUUCGGGAGAUGCAAGAACAUCAGAGAUAUCAUAAGUAGCUAAACGUAGACUUCCAUCCACAUGUGUGGAAUCUGGUUUGGGUAUGUUUUCGUUAUGGAUGUGCAGCCAACGAUAAUCGAGACGGAGGCGAUCGAAAAGGAAGAGAGGUGCGAGAAGGAUAUCAAAGCGGAGGCCGCGAAAGCAUACGACUUCGCACAACUCGACCCGCUGCCACUUGGACUACAGCAGGCGGUGAUUGUCAUGUGCGGUUUGACCAUGCUGAUGGUGCUUUUCGUCUUGAUCACCUCCGAUCUGCCCCCCGUGGCCCCCGUUCCGCCGGAGCUGGAGCGAACCUUCGACGCCGCGCUGGCGGAGCAGAAGGCGGCGCUGGUUGGGGAAGCAAAGGCCGACGCGAAGGUGUAACCAGUGGAAAAACGACGUCCCCUUUGACAAACACGUCCCCUUUGACCCACAGUCAGGGUGGCAGAUUUGCUACACAAGCCCAGAAGUGUUGGCUGUUCAUCCGCAUGACUGCAGCUUUGGGCCUCCAGUGCAGGCGUGGUUGAGUAGCUUGCGCAGUCGCGUUGCAACGGGAGUUCCUUAUCGUGAUUCGAGCAUGUUGACAAAUUCCCGGAUAACUACCUUAAAAAAUGCUGCUCAUCAUAAAGCUCCUGCAAACGAGACACAAUGUGAUGGACAUCGACAUCCCGACUCUUGCAUGAUCGAAAGAAAUUUGGGGUGGGGACGAGGUUUUUCCGCAGGAAAAGGCGAAGGCGAUCGCCAUCAAGAAGGGCGCGAUGAUCGACUUGACCAAAGUGCCAAAGGCGAAAGCCCGGGCCGAAGGCGAGGCGGUGGCGGAAGCGCCGGUGCCCCGCGAGCUCGCGGACGUGGGGAAGAGGCAGCAAGCGCAGAUCGGCCCCGGCGGGUCGUCCAUGUUCGGCGGCGUCCAGUCCUCUGCGGGGGCCUCCAGCGCGUUUGGCGCCGGUGGCUCGAUGGCGUCAUCCUCAGCGAUGGGAUCGUCGGCCAUGGCAGGGUCGUCCGCCCUCGGUGGCAGCGCGGGUUUUGGCGCCGGAUCGAAGUCUAUCAGAGUGCACAACUUCUACCCGUCCUCCCUCCGUUUGGCAGGAACAGCAAAAAUACAAGCGUCGGAAAGUGAGUGCAGGUUUUGUAUGUAGUGAGGUCACGAACGUUCUAAUCUAGCGAUCUUUUUGACAGCUCUCAUGCAAAACGAUUGGAAGUUUCCAAGCGGCCGGAGGUGUUUUUGAACAUAAAAGAUUUUCAAUUAUCAAGGAGCGGGAAUUCUGAUCACGGGCAAGGAGUUACGACGACAGCUAAUCGGGAAACAGACGCCGCAGAACAUCGUCAAAACACGGGAGCGGAUGAUCUUCAUCUACAUGAAGGAGAUAAUUAUGGGAGCUGUAUAUGCCCCGCAGAG